AUGCUCUGGUGUGGCAGUUCUCCGGUUGCUGAGGAGUUAAAAAAUUACCAACUUUAUGAUGUAAAGGAUGAGCUUGAUGUAGCAAUCAAGAAAUUGUUUUUAUCACUUCCUAAUACUUCUGAAUCUGGUCUUAAAGAUAUUAAAAGAGAAAUAAACAUACUUAAAAAUCUGAGAAAUAGAUAUAUUAUUCAAUACUAUGGACUUUAUUCUGAUGACCAAGAACUUUUCAUUAUCAUGGAUUAUGCCGAAAAUGGCACUUUAACUAAAAUUAUUCAUCGGGAUUUAAAAAGUAUGAAUAUUUUGCUUGAUAAACAUCUUCAAGUAAAAAUAUCAGACUUCGGAUUAUCUAGAACUAAGAAUAUCAGUUCUUCUCAAUCAACUCACGGCAUAGUAGGAACUUUAAGAAAAGAAACAAUACCCGAUAAUGCUCCUGAAGUUGGAAAUGAUAAAAAAAAUAGUCAGUUGUUAGAUCUGCAAAACUUGCCACUUCAAAACCCAGAAACUAAUGAACAAACCUACAGCAGUGAGGAUUUAGAUUUUGACAUCAAUAGUCAAAGUAGUAAUAAAAAUCCUAACCCUGGUAAUAUUCAAUAUUUACCAAACCAUGUAGAAGCCCAACAAAAAAUAAAUGAAAUAAAAACUGCCAAAGACGAGAAAAUAGCCUUAGUAAAUAGUAAAUGUGGUUUUCCAUCUUUAAAGAGUGUUCCUAAUAACCAACAAACCUUGAAACCAGAAUUAGAAAGUUAUAAGUUUAAGCCCGUUUUUGCUACUCAGAAAAAUUAUCAAAUGCUUGAUAUGGCAGUCAAGGGACAAGUCAACAACUCACUUAGUUUAACUUGCUCGCAAUUUGCUUAUCUCUCAACUGUUAAAGAACUAAAUAGUCUAAUCAACGAGUAUUUAGGUGAAAUAUUUAAAGCUAAAAUUUUUGGUGAAGUUAUCUAUGAUGAAUUAGGAGAACAAUUAAACAUUUCUAAUCAUUCCAAAUAUGAAUUACAACCAAGUGGUAAUAAUUCAGUAAAUCAUAACUGA